AUGGCCGUUCUUGGUAUCACCUUACUUUCAUGCUCGCUCACAGCAGUGGUCUAUUUACUAUAUCGACGUUUUUCACGUAUAUCUCUUACUCAUAUUCGUGGGCCUCCAGUUGGAUCCUUCUUGUUAGGAAACUUGCCGGAGUUGUUCCAAAGUGAAGCUGGCACGGUAGAUCUCAAGUGGCAAAGGAGUUAUGGUGACGUGGUCCGAAUCAAAGGAUUCAUGGGGGAGGAUCGUUUGCUCGUCUCCGACCCAAAGGCCCUGCAAUACAUCUAUCAGACAUCUGGGUACCACUGGCCCAAAGUCCCAGAGCGUCGGGAGCUCAGUCGGAUCAUUACUGGACAAGGCUUAACGUGGGCAGAGGCGGACGUACAUAAGCGGCAAAGGAAAAUAAUGCUUCCAGGUUUUGGGUUUCCAGAAUCCCGCGCAUUCUUACCUAUAUUCUUCGCGUGUGCUAACAAGCUCAGCGAGAAAUGGAAGGACAAACUGUCGGGUAUUCCGGAAGGCUCAACAACGUUGAAUAUGCCCUAUUGGUUAUCCCGCGCGGCUCUGGAUGCCAUUGGAGAAGCCGCGUUUGACUACCAGUUCGGCGCAAUCGACAACGAAGAGAAUGACUUAGCGAAGGCAUACAAUGGUUUGUUGGCGGCGACUUUUGGUUCGCCCAGCCAUGCAUUCCUUUUCACUAUUAGUGCUUGGGGACGUCUUCCCUCCUGGUUGCGCGAUCUCUGGCAACGGAGCAGCAAGCAGCUCGAUCAUGCGCGAGAAACAGAGCGAGUCGGUAAUAACGUAGCCAAGUCGUUGGUAGAGUCGAAGACCGAGGAACUCCUGCAAGGUAGGGGAAGCAAGGACAUCAUGAGCUUGCUCGUGCGUUCCAAUGCUUCAGAGGAUGAGAAAGCGAAGAUGACUGACACCGAAAUGCUUGCGCAAAUGAGGACAAUUAUGCUGGCGGGACACGAGACUACGGCGAAUAGCCUAAGCUGGAUAUUACUCGAGCUAAGCGAACAUCCUGAAAUGCAACAUAGGCUUCGUCGGGAAAUAAGGAACGCCGAGGCCAAUAUUCGUAACCAAGGACGCGCCCACUUCGAGGUAUCCGAUUUCGAUAACAUGCCUUACACCACGGCUGUGAUUAAGGAGGGCUUGCGACUCCAUCCAGCUGUCCUUCACACAUUCAGACAAGCCGGUCGAGAUGAUGUCCUCCCGCUCUCAACUCCCCUUGAGACCAGCGACGGUAAAAUACUGACGGAGCUACCUGUCCCGAAAGGGCUUAUAGUUAUGACAUCUAUGAUUGGUUACAACGCGAACAAGCACGUUUUCGGCGAAGACGCAGAUGACUUCAAUCCAGAACGAUGGCUCAUAAACUCCAACGAGAAGAAGUCUACUACCGUCGGGGUGUACGGUAAUCUAUUGUCAUUCUCCGCCGGCGUACGCUCUUGUAUCGGCUGGAGGUUUGCGGUUUUUGAGCUACAUGCGUUCCUCAUUGAAUUCAUCAGCAACUUCGAAUUUGAGCUUACUCCCGAAGCUAAAAGCGUUAAACGGUACCCUUGCCUUGUUGUGGUCCCUGCUAUCGAGGGCGAGGAAAAGAAGGGCGCGCAGUUGCCACUCAGGGUACGCGCUGCCGCACGGGACAGCUGA